CAUUGUUUUUUCUAUUAAAAAUUACUUUGUGACGCUUAAGGCGCGGUCAGUGGUGAAUGGGUGACGAAGUGUAGCAAAAACUUGCGGCGCGAUAACAUGGUGUCAUAGCUACAGCCGUUUUGACAUGUUACGACGCGGCGGCGCGUGCAGCCUCGGAUGGGUCGCCCUUACCGCCCAAACUACGCUUGGAUACUGUCUUCAAUCAGAAACAGAACAAUUAAUCCAAAUGGAAUGACUAUCCACAAUGAAGACUUUACAUCUCAUAUUAAUUCUAUUUACCUUCAAAACAUAUCUUUGCUCUGAUAUCAAUGAAUUAUUCGAAACUAUUAAUAAAGACUAUGAUGAACUCAACGCUAUAGGAGCUAAUACAGCGUGGGAUUCGUCUGUAGAUCCUGACAAUCCUGAAUUAGAAACGAGAUCCGAAAAAUAUCAACGAAAUUUAUUAGCGUGGCAACGAAGGACAUGCGAUAGGCUGGCAGCACUGGACAAAAGUCAGUUAUUAAACAACACUCAAAGAAGGCAGACGUAUUUAUUGUGUAAAGGUCCAAAAUUCACUAAUAAAGAAGCAAGGUUAUUGAGUAACUUAUACGAUGAACUGCAAUCAAUUUAUUCUAAAGCCGAAGUUUGUAUUGCUACGGAAAAUUACAUAUCAGAAAUCAAUUCCACUGUGAUUGAAGACGCCAUAUUGAAUUAUCUAACGAAUAUAAAAGAGGUAUAUCACAUGGUAGACAAAGAUUACGUUUUUGUAGCAGCACAGAUUGCAGCAAAACAAAAAUGGAGGAAGCGAAACACAAUUUGUUUGAAAGGCGAAGAUGAUUUUCAAAAUAUGAUGGUCUAUUCGAGAAACGAAGAGGUUUUGAGAUGGUUGUGGCUCGUUUGGAGGGAGAUGGUUGGUCCAACAAUGAAACUGCCCUAUCGACAGUUAGUUGACGUUGAAAAUAGGGCCGCCAGACGAAAUGGAUACUCAAACAUUGGCGUGUCUUGGCGCGAAGAUUUAGAAAUACCAAAUCUAAGACAGUUAUGCAGGAAGCUCUAUAAUGAUAUCCUGCCUUUAUACAAAACACUUCAUGGGAUUGUAAGGUAUUUUUUAAGGAAACACUAUGGUAAUGAUGUUCCGGAAAAAGGUCCUAUACCGGCCCAUUUACUAGGCAAUAUGUGGGCAGAAAAUUGGGAUUCAUUGCUUGAUUUAAUAUUAAAAGACAGCAUUAAUUUGGAUGAACGAAUUAAACAGAGUAAUUGGACCGUUAUGCACAUGGUAAAAAGAGCAGAAGAUUUCUAUCAAUCACUCAGCUUGCCCGCCAUGACGGGUUCUUUUUGGCGCGAAUCAAUUCUUGAACGGGAAACCGAUCGAAACAUCCGCUGUCAUGGCGCCGCUGCUGACAUGUUUCAAGAUGGCGAUUUCAGGAUAUUAUUCUGCGGGCGCGUAUCAAUGGAAAAUUUCUACGUUCUACACCACGAGCUAGGUCAUAUCCAAUAUUAUAUGGCUUAUGAACAACAACCUGCAAUAUUCCGACAAGCAAACAAAGCAUUACAUGAAGCCAUUGGAGACACUAUAAUGUAUGGAGUACUGACACCACAACACCUUCACAGACUGGGCCUUAUCAACGAUACUACAUUAUACGCUACAAACAACAAUAUCGAACUUAUAGAACUGGAUAAUAAGAAAUUUGAUGACUUAACAGAAACAAGAUUUAAUACAGAACAACAUAAGAUAAGAAAAAGGAAUGGAGAUAUGAGCGAUGAAAUCGAUCCUAAUAAUAAUAAUUUAGAACUUAAAAUUGAUGAAAACAGUAUCCAAAUAAGAACAAAUGAUAGAGAGCUGAGAAUAUAUCAUCCCGAGGGAAUUAUAUCAAGUAGUAACAAAGUGAAAAUUGAUUUUGAUACACAAGAAAAUACACCAGAAGAUGAAUGUUUUGGAAACGACGAUAUCACUGUAGUAACAAAUAGCUAUGGCUCUGAAGACAUCAUUGAUUCAAUUAGUGAAAACGAAGAACAAAAUCGAGAUAAGGAAACAGUAAUAGAUUUGCCAUCCGACAAAGAACUAGACGAAAAUAAAAUACAAAAAAUGACGCUAGAAGAUACUUUAUUGCUAAAACAGGCUUUAAACAAAAUCCCGCAGAUAGCAUUUUCCUUUUUAAUAGACGAGUACCGUUGGAGAUACUUCGAGGGUAGUUUGGAAACAAUUAACAAGGAUUUUUGGGAUUUGGCUUUAGAAUUGCAAGGGAUAGCGCCGCCUGGUGGAAGAGGAGAGAAGUAUUUUGAUGUUGGAGCCAAGUUCCAUGUACCAGAUAAUACACCAUUAAUGAGGUACUUCCUAAGCAGUUUUCUUCAGCAUCAGUUAUUUGAAACGUUAUGUAAAGCCGCUGUUUUCGGAAGACGUAACGCAGAUGAAUCUAUUCCUCCAACCAUUACUAUGAAUAAAUGCGACAUAUACGGCUCUAAGACGGUUGGCAAAAUACUAAAAGAUUUAAUGUCGCGCGGCAACUCGCAACACUGGAGCGACAUUCUAGAAGCAAUCACUGGGGAACGUAACAUCUCUUCAGCACCUCUAGAACGAUAUUAUCGACCGUUAUUCAAAUUAUUAAGAAGAAUAGUGCGUGCGCACCGCAUUCCUAUUGGCUGGUGUAAUGUCAAAUAAGCGAUCUAAAUUUGAAAUUUUGUAAUAAACGUGGUUAGUAGUUUUCAAGCAGA